GCCCACGCACUCCCGAUCCCCGCGCCUACCCAACUCGAGGGCCAGGCAUUUCCUGACCUUACAGCUGCCGCAGGCACGGCCCAUUCACGACCCGGUGCCUACAAAGAGCAGCGGGACCGGCACACGAAGACAUGCAUGUGCGUGCUCUGGGAGGAGGGCAGGAGUAGGUACUCGGAGAGUCUCGGUCUGGGGCACAAGCAGCGCGGAUGCCAGUAUGCGUCAAUCUUUGAUUCCGGUGCAACGACUUCCACUCGCAUCACUGCGCCGUUGGGUUCUGCUAUGGGGUCGGCCGGCCCGCCAAGGUCGGAUGAAGACCAUAGCGAAUCUAUAACGGUUAUCUCUGCGUCGCGCACGGCCCGUGUUUUAAGCAUCGAUCUCUCUCCAGCUUCUCUCCCCUCCGGUCCGCCAUGAGCAUUGCCAAUCGCAGCCUACGACGUCUCUCCGCGCUCGUCGUGUGCUCGCCGCACGUAGGAUGCGCCGGUACUUCUCGUAGCGUGGGCGAUCCUGGAGGAUGUGGCGGCGUGACUGGUGUGGGGCGCCGCAUGGG